UCUUCUCUCUCUGAAUUCUUUGUGUGUACUGGUAGAUAUUGUAGCCAAAGUAGCAAUGUCCAUGUCUUUCACUUGUUCUGCCACAUUGUCUUAAACAAACACCACAUGUGUAGCCUGGAUUCUCUAUCACUUCCUACACAGCUUCUCUGUUUGUUUCUUCUUCUUAUUUCAUCAAGCUCUCUAUUUUCUUGGACGUUUCAAAAACUUUCACACAGCCAUUAACACGCUGCAACUAGCUAUAACUAUUUACAAACUCUUUUGCUUUUGCAUGUCAUAGACUAGUUGCUGAUAUUCCUCAUUCUCUGUUGAUCUCUCUGCCUCUCUUUGUUUGUUGGUGAACACAUAUAUGUAUCAUGGCAAAUGGGUAUUGAUUUUUUCUGUGAAUUCUAGCAGGCUUUAUAUGCUUCUUGUUGUUUGAAGCUGGUGGGUUUCUGGGUUUUGAUUCGAUUUAGUGUUUGUGCGCUGAUGGGUCCUGUGAGGGGGGUCAGAAAGAGAAAGAAGGCAGAUAAGAAGCCUGAAGAAAAUGCUUCUGGUUCUGGGUCAUCAGAGAAGGAAGGUCCUGUGGAUUGGUGGGAUGAAUUCUCCAAGAGAAUCAAUGGUCUUCAGUCUCCAGCAAAGGGUUUAGACAAGUUUGAAUCUGUUUUUAAGGUUUCUAGGAAAACCUUUGACUACAUAUGUUCACUUGUGAAUGAAGAUAUGCUGGCUAAAUCUGCACACUUUGUGUUUACAAAUGGUAAGCCCUUGUGUUUGUACGAUCAAGUAGCUGUAGCUUUAAGAAGACUGAGCUCUGGUGAGUCACUAGUGACAAUUGGCGAUGCAUUUGGGGUGAACCACUCAACUGUGUCUCAAGUGACCUGGCGUUUUGUGGAAGCCAUGGAAGAAAGAGGACUUCACCACCUGCAAUGGCCCUCCACUGAAGCAGAAAUGUCAGAAAUUAAAUCCAAAUUUCAGAAAAUACGAGGCUUUCCUAAUUGUUCUGGUGUUGUUGAUACUACCCACAUCAUGAUGUGUUUGCCUGCUUCGGACCCCACAAGUGAUGCGUGGCUCGAUCAAGAGAAGAAUCACAGCAUGGUCUUACAAGCCAUUGUGGACCCUGACAUGAGGUUUCGGGACAUAGUAACUGGAUGGCCAGGAAAGAUGAAGGACUGGACAGUCUUUCAGAGUUCAAAUUUUUAUGAACUCUGUGAUAGAGGUGAGAGGUUGAAUGGGAAAAUAUUAGACCUCUCCAAAGGAUUGGAUAUACGUGAGUACAUAAUUGGGGAUUUGGGCUUUCCUUUACUGCCCUAUCUUGUAACCCCCUAUGAAGGAAAAGAACUUCCAGUGCCAAAAGCUGAGUUCAAUAAGAGGCAUUAUGCUACCCGGAUGGUUGCACAUAGAGCAUUGGCAAGGUUGAAGGACAAGUGGAGGAUCAUUCAAGGAGUGAUGUGGAGACCAGACAAACAUAGAUUGCCAAGGAUCAUUCUUGUUUGCUGCUUGCUUCAUAACAUUGUUAUCGAUAUGGAAGAUGAGGUGCAAGAUGAAAUGCCUUUGUCUCACAAGCAUGACUCAACUUACCACCAACAGAUUUGUGGAACUGUUGACGUAAACGGUGUUCAUCUGAGAGAUAAGCUGUCUCUCUACUUAUCUGGAAGGAUGCCAAUGCCACCUUGAUUAUUUUCCAUUUCUAAUAAGUGUUUUAGGUAUUCAUGAUUUUCUGUAGUAAAAGUUCUUUUACAAAUGAUUUCUUACUGAUGAUUUUCUGUAGUCAGAUUUUCGUGUGUUUUAGUUUUGACUUUUAGGCUGUUUAGUUAGCAGGUGAGCCUCCGAGAGAAAUGUGAUAUUGUAUUACAAAAAACAUAAGUUGCUCAAGCGAAGAAUGUACUUGUUCCAUAAUUACAGACCAUAUUAGUAUUACUAAUGUAGGAGGAACUUACGAAUACAAGUGAGUUCUACUUGAGAGGUGCGAUCUGAUAA